AUGAAGACGCGGAAGUUGCUGUUGCCGGUGUUAUUAACGCUUGGCAUUGUUUCUAAUAAUGGAAAUUCGAGUAAAAUUAGACACCAAGUUGUAAAAUCAAAUCUACCGAAUGAAACAUCGAAAGUCGACAAAAAAACAUCUGUGAGACCACGUAAAUUGAAGAAUUUUACUAUCGCCAAUGGUAUUUGCCAAAGCAUCGAUAUUCGAAAUCGUGUUAGCAAUUUCGAAAUAUUAAGAGACUGCGAAGUCAUUGAAGGUUUUCUUCAGAUAGUAUUGAUCGACAAUAACAAAGAGAGCGAUUUUGAGGAUCUUAGUUUUCCAAAGUUACGAGAAAUUACAAGUUAUAUGCUAUUGUAUCGUAUAAGUAAUCUCCGUUCGCUACAAAACUUGUUUCCAAAUUUAGAAGUAAUACGUGGUGAUAAACUUAUACUAGAUUACUCAUUUAUGAUCUACGAAGUACCAAACUUAGAAGAGAUUGGCUUAACAAAGUUGACUAAGAUUUUGAGAGGCGCUGUCAGAAUUGAAAAAAAUCCUUCGCUUUGCUAUGCAAAUACUAUCGACUGGAAUGAAAUUGUUGUAAAUGGAGAAAAUGUCAUCAAAGAUAAUCAAAAUCCAGGGGAUUGCCGAGUUGAUUGCUCGUCAUGUCCUGGUAAAUUAUGCUGGAAUGAAAAUUCUUGUCAAAAAACGAAGAAACCCGAGUGCCAUGAAAAAUGCCUUUCGGAUUGUUUUGGUCCGACAGACAGAGACUGUUAUGUUUGUAAAAAUUAUCGACAUGGCGGUCAAUGUGUCUCAAAAUGUCCAAAUCAUUUGUAUGCAUAUUCAUCACGACGGUGCAUAACAGCUCUAGAGUGUUUGAAUUUGAAUAAUAUUCGUAAAAGUGAUGAAGAUAGUAAACGAUGGCGUGCAUUUAAUGACCUAUGCUUGGAUCACUGUCCACUUAAUUUCGAGGAAAGAUUCGAUCAAAACAACUCUCUAACAUGUAAAGCGUGUAAUGGUACAUGUCGUAAAAUAGGACUCAGUGGAUUGAUUCGACAUAUAUCCGAUUUACAACGAUAUCAAGGUACGACAUUUGUAGACGGUAAUUUAGAAUUUCAAAUCCAGAAUGAAAUUCCAAACAUAGUAGAAGAAUUAACAAACGCCUUUGGCAUGGUUGAAGAAAUCACAGGCUAUCUGAAAAUAUCUCAUUCGUUUCCGAUAGUCUCACUAGAAUUUUUCAAAAAGUUGCGUGUCAUUGGCGGUAAAUUUGUGGACAUGGCUAGAGCAAGUGUCGUCGUCAUCGAUAACCCAAAUUUAUCAAGUCUCUUUCCGGAAUCACAAACAGUUAAAAUUCUGAAUGGUCGGAUAUUUUUCCACUACAAUCCGCGACUGUGUAUGUCAAAAAUAAUAUCUUUUGCUAAAUCUGCAGGGAUUAAAAAUUUUACGGAGAUAGAAAUCCAACCCGAUUCUAAUGGUGAAAAAGUAGCAUGCGAUAUUGUAAACAUAAAUUUAACAAUAAAACAAAAAGGAUCGUACUUUGUAGAUUUAGCAUGGGAAAUUUAUAAUCCAAGCGAAGGACAACGUUUAUUGGGUAAUUCGUGUGGUGACAAACACUGGCGAAUAUUAGACGUUGAGAUUCCGUCAUUAGAUUCACCAAACACUAAAAUAUCUAAAUUGAUAGUUGAUCUUAAACCAUACACCAAGUACGCUGCUUACGUUAAAACACUUGCAGUAAGAGAUAAAAAUUCUUUUCGCAGUCCAACUGGACAAUCAGAAAUAAUGUAUUUCACUACUGAGCCUGACAUACCAUCAGUACCAUUUGACGUUAAGUCUUAUGCCAAAAGUACUUCUGAAAUAAUCGUUGAAUGGGGUCCACCUGAACAACCUAAUGGCCCAAUAUUAAACUAUAUUAUAAGGGGUUACUUACGCCGAGAAGACCGUAAAUUUUUACUAAAACGCAAUUAUUGCAACAACGAGUUGGUAAAUGAAAUCGAAGAACAGCAAAUACCAGAAGUUACUGUAAAACCAGCAUUAAUCGAUCCCAGAGUACCUGCGUGCUGCCGAAAAGAUCAUACUGUUUCAACAGAAUCGACAUCUAAAAGCUUUGAAAUAUUUUGCCCUAAUAAUGUGACGCUAGCUCCUACAUCUCCAGAUAAAAGAAAUUACUGCCGUUUUAAUGAAUACGUCAUUGACAAUAAUUACAAAUCCAAUUUUAGUUCGGCCGUCAAUUUUCCAGUUGAAGCUACUAAAAUAGAUAUACUUGAUGAUAAAAAAACACGCAUGUACAAUGACGUGUACUAUUCAUUCGUAUUUAAUGCAAGUGCCAAUAGUAGUUCAUAUAGUUUGAAAAAAUUACGUCAUUAUUCACUUUACACAAUAUCGGUAACAGCAUGUGGUGUCACUCUUAAAAAUGGUACACGGUUGUGUUCAUCAAAUCAGUAUACUAAUGUAAGGACUAAAGCAUUGUUACGUAUGGACGAUGUUGAUAAUAUUAAAAUAAGUGUAUUAAAUGAUACAAUUGUUUUGAUAACCUGGGACACUGUUAAUGACCCAAACGGUAUUACUGUAUCAUAUAUAAUUGAGUAUACGAAUCUCAAUGUGCAGAAUGCUAAAAAAAAUACAAUAUGUAUACCAGAAGGUGUCUAUCGUGAAAAACGUGGUACUUAUACACUUACGAAUCUCAUACCAGGCAGAUAUAGUGUCCGUUUACGCUCAACAUCACUAGCUGGUAGUGUUUACCAUAAUCCCGCGCAAAUACGAUUUUAUUGGGGCCAGGAGUCUACCGCACGAUGGGUUAGAGAUUGCGAGGACAACGUUACGUUAUUGGAUCAAACAAUGACAACCGGGGCUAACAGGAAUCGUAAAUUAAAAAACGGAUUACAGCAUCUCGGUAAUGUACUUGCCAUGGAAGAUGUACCGCUCAAUCGAUGA